GAUGUAAACAAACAAGAUGGCUUCUAAGUAAGACGAAAGUACAACAGGUCUUCGUGUUGGGAUGCUAAACUUAGGCCCCGCAGGAUGAUUCUAGCCCCAUUAUUGACGUACGAUGAAAGAUUCGACCCAGGAAAUUAUGAUUACGGCCAAGAUAAUGAGGAUUUUACGGAAUAAGUUCUUUUUGACGGUGUUAGUUCUCGUUGGGGUGAUCUACUUCGGCCUCUCGCUCUGGACAGACGGUACGGGCAUUCCUGACGAAAAUGAAGACGAGGUUGGAGGAAGGGUGGAAUUUCGAUGGGGGCCAGACUCACCCAAUGGAACUUCAAGUGACAAAGUAACAACAUGUAGAAAUUCAGUGCAAGGGAAGGUUCUCCUAGCUGAUGACCAAGGUUAUGUAUGCCAUCGAGUGGACCGCUUGAGCACCGGCUGUUGCAAUGUUGCUGUAGAUACAACCCGCCGUUAUGCAUGUGACACCUGCAAUAGUCAUGGAUGCUGUGCUAUUUAUGAAUAUUGUGUAUCCUGUUGCCUACAGCCUGAUAAGAAAGCCCUGCUGAAGAAAGUUUUGGGCCAGAUAAGUGAUAACAGCCCACUAUACGCAUCAGUGUCCGACCACUUUGAGCUCUGCCUUGUGAAAUGCCGCACAUCCAGUCAGUCGGUGCAGCAUGAGACUCUGUACAUAGACCCUAGAGCUAAGCAUUGCUAUGGGGAAGGGCCUCCACCUCUUAGCAAUAAUGAAACAUGAGAUUAUUUUAGAAAACAUUAUUUAACAUAUUCCACAUGGUAGCAUUAGAAAUAUAUUUCCAAUAGUUGUAAUACUUAACUAUUUUUUCAAUCUAUUUAUGUGACAUGGACUUUACUAGUGUAAGGUUCUGUAAGCAAAUAUGUAUAGAAAAUGUUCUUUUAAUAUGGUUUUGAGCAGUAGUUACAAUGCUGACUGUGAGGGUGUGUGUGAUAUUUUUAUUUUGUCAAACACAUAACUUUUAAUAUAUUCAAUGUAACAGUUACUUAUUUAUAAUUGUUUACUAUUGUAUGUCCAUAUUGGCCUCCAUAGUAAGUGGUAUUAGAUGCUAAACAGUUACAAUAUUAUCCCCCCUCUCGGUUUACUGCAACACAGUUGGUAAAUUUGUCUCAUCUUUAAUUGUUUUUUUCUAUUAUGUAAGACAUGUAAUGUUAUUUCAGGCAGAUAAUGCAUUUUGUAAAGUUUACUUUGCUUUUAAUAUCUGAGAUUAAGUGGCACAAGUUUUGAAUGUCUGAAUAUAUGAAUUUCAUUUUAUAUGUUGUUUUAAUUCUAAUAUAGGUAUUCUUUGUUAGUUUUAACCUAUAUUGAUAGUAUUGCACUUUAUAUUAAUUGUGAAGAGUAAUGCAAUAUAUUUAGCUAACUAUUUUUUAUUGUUGAGAGAGCUAAGAGUGAGUGUGAGUGUGAGUGUGAGUGAGUGUGAGUGUGAGUGAGAUGAGUGUGAGUGUGAGUGUGAGUGUGAGUGUGGUGUGAGUGUGUGAGUGUGUGAGUGUGUGUGUGUGUGUGUGUGUGUGUGUGUGUGGGUGUGUGUGUGUGGUGCGUGUGGUGCAUGAGUGCGUGUGUGUUUGUCUUUGUGUUUUAUUUGGAUGUUAAAUUUUUCUUCAAGCAUUUGGAUUUCACUUAUUUUCAUAAAUCACUAGCCAAACUUCCGAAAAAAAUUUUGUUCCCCCUUUAACAUGUUUCCCAUCAUUAAGGACACGUAUGUGUAUUUGGCAUGGAUGUGUACAUGUAAUUACCUCCAUGUGUGUGAGUGUGUGGUUUUAUGUAUUAGCAGAUUUGCUUAUGUACAUAAUCUUUCAAAGAAAAUGGAGCCCAAGUUUAUAUUUGAUAACUCUAUACAAAAUUAAUGGAAUCUGCAUGAAAACUUGUUAUUUUUUACAUGAUGAUUUAUGUUCUUGAUUUUACAUUUUGAAUGGACACUCAUUUUUCAUGUAAUAAACCAAUGAUUCAAACUACAAAACAUAAUUAUAUAAUCAUACUUAUGAAAGUCAUUCUCGACCAUAUUUACAUUUAACACAUGUUCACACUUUCUUUUGAUCUCUCUGUCUCUCGCUCGCUCUCUCUUCUCUCCUCUCCUCUCCUCUCCUCUCCUCUCCUCUCCUCUCCUCUCCUCUCUCUCUCCUCUCCUGUCCUUUUCUCUCUCUCUCCUUUCUCUCUCUCUUUUUAUCAGGUUGAAUUUUCUUCUUUACAUGUGUUAUGUAUAUGCAUUUUUGUACUAUAAUUGAUUCUCUGUGAUCUCUUCCUGUCCUAACAAAUAAAAGACUUGAUUAUUUGGCUUUUGAAUGUAACAGUUUGGCCUUAAAUCAGUAAAUGGAAAUGGAUGCAGUAAACAGGCUAAUGAUUUUAAUAAAAAAAAAUUUACAUCAGAAACCCAUAUACACAAAAAUGAGACUUUAAGACAGAGAGACUGGCAAAAAUUGUGUGCUAGUUCAUGCAGAAAAGAGCUUUAUAGAUAGGUGGGAAACUAUAAAUAAUAAUGGGGCAUUGAUAGGAGAAAGGUAUUAUUUUUUUAUUAUUAUUAUUUCUUUGCAUUUUUUCAUAGUACUCUCUCUGUUCCCCUUUACACUGGGAUAUGAGAUUUGGCAGUUCAUAGUUCUUUCUGCUGACUUUUUCCAUGUACAUGUUAAUGUUGCUUCUGUUUGUAUUGUGAUCUUCUAUAAGUACAAUGUGAUUGGA